AUGACUCAAACUUAUUAUACAGUACAUAUUGGUAAAGAAUCAGGUAUCUAUAUGAAUUGGAAGGAAUGUCAAGAACAGAUUGCUAAUAAUCCAGUAGCACAAUACAAAAAAUUUUUUAAUGAAAAUAAUGCAAAACUUUAUCUUCAAUAUUGUAAAAAGAAAGAUAUAUUCAAGAACAGAUUUUUAGCUUGUCCAAAUAAGAUUGUAGCAGAAAUAUCGAGUUAUUGUAGUGAUUCAAAUGCUGGAAUUGGAAUAUCUUUUAAGGACAAAACUCUAUCAGAAAAAGUUUUAGGAGACAAGAAAUCUGCAGAAUUAACUUCUGUGAUUCGUGUUUUAGAAUCUUGUGAAAACAGAAUCGACAUCUUAGAGAUAAAAACAGAUAGUUCAUAUUUUAUAAACUCAUAUGAAUUAUAUCUACCAAGAUGGAAAAAUAACAGUUGGAAUCUAGAAAACAAGAACAAAGAAUUAAAAAACAAGAAUCUGUUCAUAAGAAUAGAUGAAUUGUUUGAAUCAAGAGAAGGAAAGAUAAUACUAACAUAUACAGAAAAUAUUAGUGAAAAGACAAGAUUGUUAGCUAUAGAAGGAAGUAAAAAAGAAUAUAUCGAACAUAUGGAAAUAGAUAAUUAUAAAACAGAUGAUAUAAUAUCUGAUGAAGAUUUAAUAAAUUUAUUUUUAUUAUUAUAA